CCGUAAGCAAUUUCCACAUUUUCCAUAUUCUGACAUUUAAGUGGGAAGUAGAGAGCAGGAGGAGAAGGGCUUGUGGUUUGGAUUGUGGCCGACGGAUGGCGCUGAAGAGGCUCCACGGUCCCACAGAGAGAGAGUUGAAUGGGAUCCCAGUGUGAUCUGGCACGGGGGCGGGAGGGGAGCGCAGCACAAGUCCUGGAAGAGGUUUGAGCCAAAAGCAGUCUGCUGUCCGGCUUUCAUCGAGAUUGCUCCGUCUGUCCGACCCGCAGAGCUGAGCCAAACGGUUCAAGAAAUGUAACUUGUGUCCAGGAUUUCGCAGAGGAAGCGAAUCAGUUUGGAAACCGUGGAGAAAAAGCACAAAAAGUGGAGUAGUGAGUGGAAUCAGUUCUCAGAACAGCAUCCAGAUCCUCGGAGCAUGGGAGGAGUUGUCUACAAGCUGUAAAAUGUUCCCGUUACAUCGAGAGAGGGAGCAGCCCAUCUUCAGCACCAGAGCUCAUGUCUUCCAGAUCGACCCGGCCACCAAACGCAACUGGCUGCCGGCCAGCAAACAUGCGGUCACCGUGUCCUUCUUCUACGAUGCCAGCCGCAGCGUCUACCGGAUCAUCAGCGUGGGCGGCACUAAGGCCAUCAUUAACAGCACCAUCACCCCCAACAUGACCUUCACCAAAACUUCCCAGAAGUUUGGCCAGUGGGCAGACAGUCGGGCCAACACCGUCUAUGGCCUGGGCUUCUCCACGGAGCAGCAGCUGCAGCAGUUUGCAGAGCAGUUUAAGGAGGUGAAAGAAGCCGCCCGUCUGGCCAGAGAGAAAUCUCAGGAGAGGUUUGAACUGGCCAACCCUGCACUCAGCAUUGCAGCUCCAGAGUUAUCGGAAGACCGUCAUUCUCCACCGCUGCUCACAGUCAACGGGCCGGGCGAGGAGAAGCUGUUUCGCAGCAAGAGCGCCGAGGUGGAGCUGACGGUGGAGAAAGAGAGGGUGAAAAAGAUGUUGUCAGAAGGGUCCAUGUGUGAAAUAAACCUGGAGGCUGAACUCUUCACCCUGCAGGACAGCAACGCCAAGCUGGUGGCGGCCUUGCAGGAAGCCAACAGCAGCGUGGAGCAGUGGAAGAAACAGCUGGCUGAAUACCAGGAGGAGACCGAUCGCCUCCGAGACCAGGUGGCAGAGCUUGAGGCCCAGCUGGGGCCUCCUGCUGCUGGUCAGACUGGUAGAGAGGAGCUGAGUCAGUCAGUAGAGGAGCUGAAAGCCCUGCUGAGCGCCAAAGACCAGGAAAUUCUCAAUCUGCAGAGCAAGAAAACAGACGUGGGUGAGCUGCAGAAGGAGAGAGAGGAGGCCACACAGAGACUCCAGGAUGUCGAGAGACGGAACACGGAGUUGGAGGAUCAGGUUCAGAGUGCUGAAAAGACACUGGCCUCCAGCCGGGAGGAGCAGGCGCAGGCGGAGGUCGAGGUCCAACGUAUCAUUGAGGUUCUGGACGUCAAAAUCUGCGAUCUGAAUGACCUGAGACAGAGUCUGGCGAAACUCAUCGACAAAUAGCCACAGCGGCAGCUGGGCUGCAUCUCCACAGUCAGUACUGGUUCCACCCAUGUGGCCUUGAUUUGUGUUUUACUGGAAUAUCAGCAGAGCAAUAAUCAAAGCAACAUGGAGGAAAACACUGUUUACCUUCAUUUUUAAAGAUCAGUGCAGGUGAACAGCAGGUAGCAGAAAUCUCUUAAAGGUGCUAUGUGCAAAAUAAAACAUCUGUACUGUGCAUCAGUGUCUCAUUAGGACAGCAACCAUGGUACAGUUUUCAGAAAUAGUUGGGAAUAAUUCGCUACUAUUACUUAUUUUUUCCGUUUUUUUUAUACUCUUUUCACCAUCCAACAGCGCCCUCUUCCUCUGUUUGGUGUCACAGCAAUCCUGUGUAUUUUGUCAAAAUCUGAUCCAUUGGUUUGUAAUGUUAAAUGCUGAGUAGUGGCUGCUGAAAGCUGACUGUCUUUUCGGUGAUAGUUUCAGUUCUUCAUGGUAAUUACAGUACUGUCUCAAAAGGACACAAAGUACCUUUAAAAGACCAAGUGCACCGAAACUGAUUUUGAGCUUGCAGAAGUAGACAUUUUCAGCAGGUAUCAAAGGAGUUCCUGCUCUUUUUGUGUGGUAUAUCUUUACUUUAUUCAGAGUGGUGUUUUUACUUGUAAUAGUGUAUGUAGAGUAGCUGUAAAACUAGGAAAGAAUCGAAAGAUCAGUCUGAUCUGUCCAAUCGAUUGAAGUGCUGUUUUCCUGCAGAGCUGGUCUGAACCACUCGACUGUGUCUGGUCACAGACAGUAAAACUGCAGUCCUGUACCAGCAGGACUCGCAUCAAGGCUUUCAUGGACAAUUAAAUUUUUGCACCUGCAUUAAACAUAAUUAUUCAUAAUUCUGGACAUUUUGUUUAGAGAAGCAGCAAAGCACCUGUCUGUGUUGUCUUUGACACAUUGAAUAGUCUGUAGUCUACACAUAAUGAAAGUACUGCUAGAGGUGUAUUUUUCUAACAUGUUAUUGUUAGAUCUUGGACGUCACUGUGAGUAAGACAACUAAGAAAAUGCAAGAAAAGCUUAAAAAAAAAAGUCUACUUUUGCACAAUAACAACCUUGAGUUCAUGCUGGUGGCAUCCAUCAACACUGUGGAGAUGCACACAUUAGAAGCUUUGGUCAGGGUAAGGACACAGGCAGACAAAAUACCCCGAAUAAAGUCAGCUCCAGUUUACCAUCAGCAGUCUGGACUGGCCUCAGACCAGCCAGACCUUCAGCAAACUCAGAGAUGCAUUGAUAGACUUUGUCCUCUGAGGAUCGCCAGCAUAUGAACAUUUUUCUGUUUGAGUUUUCUGAGGACUGCUCUUUCUCUCUACUCGUUCUAUUAUUCAUGUUCAUCGAUGGGUUGCUCACAGCCUGGACGGGAAAUCAACAACGCCACCAGCCCAGUCGGUGAUAAACCCAAGCUGCGGCUGGUAGGUUUGUCCUCUCCACCGGGCCGCCCGUUGUCACCUGUGGACAGAGACGCUGCUUCCCCAGCCUGAUGCUGUUGAGUUGAACAUGCACUUGUUGUUUUGUGCCAAGUUUUGUUUUGUUUACAUUUGUCAGCAUUCACAAAAGGAUCCAGUUCUGCAUCGUGUACUCAUUCUGUGUUGCUCGACACUAGCAUUUGCCACAAUAGUUAUAAUAACCUUAUAGAGAGGCUCAGUGGAGCAGCAGAGCAUAGAUCACUAUGAGAGCACUGCAUGCCCCGGACGUGCCAAGGAAUGUGAAGCUUUGUGUGUGUGAGUGUGUGUGUUUGUGCGAGUGUGUAUGUGUGCGCGUGUGUGUGUGUGUGCGCGCAAUAGUUAGCAGCCUGCAAGCAGAGACUGCUCGAGUUAAAAAGCACAACCGCAGUAGUUUUAUUAAGAGGGUACUUAAUUGACUUGUCUGUCUGCUUUCUGCGUGACCUUCUGAACUUCUGCACAGUAUCUGUCCAUCUUUGCUUUUUGCCCGCUGAUGAGUUAUUGAUUUCCGCAUAUGACAGUAAAUUAAGUAAUAAUAAGGUGCAGGCCUUUGCAGCUGAUGAUGCAGUGACUGUCAGGGUCAUACGUUGUCAAAAUGUGACAUAAUGAAAUCUGUUAAUGUAACAAAGUACGGGAUCAUGUAUUAUUAUUUGUGUUUUUACAAACAAAUAUUUCUACAAUUCAACAAGCCUGAUACAGUAAUGAUAAUUAUGUUACUGCAUUCUGUUGCUAUGGAUCACAUUAAGAGGUUUUAUUACAUAUGAAGUCAGUCCAAUGAGAUUGAACAUUUUGACAAGUUACUCCACUUUCCUGGAGUUCUGACAUCAGCUGCUACACGCAAGCAAUAAAGUCUGUAGCGUAGAUGCCUGCUCAUAGUCAAUACAAGUAAUUUGUAGGUAAUGAGACCGCCGUAAAGCCCGUUCUCAUCCAUUUUAACAUCGUCAGUGCUUUGUUUUCACAAGUGUGUCUUUUUUUUUCAUGGCUUCACCACGUUGUGACAGAUUAGUACCAGCCUUUUAUCAAGCAUGAAGAAAAAUGCAUCAGGUGCCAUCGGCUCCUCAGCAUGAGCUCCUCACAGUUGAUGUCAGAAACACUUUGCAUCACAGCAGCCUUAUUCCAGUGUAUCAUUAAGGCACAACGACACAAUGCAUUAGUAGUAAUUCCUGUAUACCUAGAAAGGAGGGCAUCCCCAAAACGUAAGACCAAAUUUCCCACCUGGUGUUUGACCACUUGAGAAAUUGUAAGUUGUUGAACAAUGGAGAGGGCUAAAAUUUUUUGGUUUGUUUGUUUUUUUUGUGGGGGGUGUGUUUGGUCUGCAAUGUUUAGGGUGGUGUGUGUACAAGAACAUCUACAUGAUUGUCAGAAGCCAAGGUUUCCCUGCAGAAUGUUGCAUUGUAAACGCAAGACAAAUUUUAUUCACGGCGUAUUCUGGUAAAUGUGUGAAAUAAUUAGCAAAGCAUAAAUAGUAGAAGCAAAAUUUGUUUGGAUUUCUGUGGGUGGAUUCCUCUUUGAACAUACUGGAAUAAGGCCUCUUCAAACACCUGUCGCUAGCUACAACAGAGAAUGCAGAACCAAAGAUGCACCACUAUCACGCUGAAGCCACAUCAAGUCCCUCUGAAAGACGCUUAAGUUCAUCAGAUUUUUAGGUAAACGUUUGUUUAACUUCUCUUUUCUCUGUGUCGGAAUCAGAUGACCUUUCAGUACGACACACAAAAUACCUCAGAGUACUUCAGUUUGAGUAUUGUUAAAUAAGAGGACAGGAGUCAACUGUUCAAGGCCACGAUUCACAAGAAUUUCUCAAUAGAGGAAAGCAGACAUUUGUAUGGAAUUUGACAAUGUGAGAUGAGUUCCUUAUAUUUGUAUAGAACUGUUUAACAUUAAAAAUCAGUCAUGCAGUGA